CUUCUCCCACAAUUUAUUAGUUAGAAUAUAAAAUUUCAUUCUCUCCCAAAUUAAACACAUAUGCAGACAAUGGAAGGACGACAAUAUAAUUACCAAGACAGCAUAAACAGGAGCUCAUCCAUGGUGGUGCCUCACUCUCCGUGGCACUCUCCGGUUCCUUAUCUCUUCGGUGGUUUGGCUGCCAUGUUGGCUCUCAUCGCCGUCGCUCUUCUCAUUCUCGCCUGUUCUUACUGGAGCCUCUCCGGCUCCGCUCAGAGCGAUCUCGAGGCCGGAGAUGAUGCUAAACCCGACAAUGACACUAACAAGUCUAAGCCAAUGGCGAUGCCGGAGAAGUUUCUCGUCAUCAUGGCCGGUGAUGUCAAACCUACUUACUUGGCUACGCCGGCGACUCGGUCUGAUCAAAGCUGUACUUGCGGCGAUCAUAACGAAGAAGAAGGAAGAGGAGGCUAGUGAUCAGGUGGUACGGCAGAGCACCGAAGGUUACGGUGAGCCGUCCUUCAUCUUUUGAAAACAGAGCAAUCGUUACGGAGUACUCUGGAUUGUUU